AUGCAGCAUGUUAAAUCUCGCGUAGCAGCUGAGAUUACAGUUCCUGACGACGCCGAGAUAGAACCCAAAGAAAGUGACGAAGCUAGCGUAGGACACCGAUUGGUAGAGAGAGAAGAGUGGGAGGAGCGGUUCGAAUGGGGCGGCAAAGAUAGGAUCUUCUUCCCCCCUCCCCCCUCGACAUCAAUCGAGCCUGAUGGCGUGGCCCGCACGCAGACCGCGUUUGCUCCUGGCAACUUCGAAUCUUUCCCUUCCCUCUCUUUUUUCUGUUCAAAGUUAACUCGGGUUGAUAGCUUUUGGUCCGGGUCACUUGUGGGACCCAAGCAUGAUGUGCUAGUCCUGAAGAACAAGGAAGGUAAAAGGAUGGAAACAGAAGAAAUUUUGACGGAACUUCUCGCCGUCGAAAUGGAGCUUCAGGACGUUCAAAAGCAAAUAAAGCUGCUUCUUGAUCAGCAAGAAAAUCUCCAAGAGAGGCAGUCAGAACUCAAAGCCCUUUUGGAACACACAGAAGCAUCUCAAACCCAUGGAGAUGUUGGGGCAUCUGUUUCGGUGGAGAAUUGGUCGGGUCCAUUCGAGUGGGACUCCGAAGCUGAUGAUGUUAGAUUUAAUAUAUUUGGCAUAUCAGCAUAUCGUGCCAAUCAGCGAGAGAUCAUAAAUGCAGUCAUGAGUGGAAGGGAUGUUUUAGUAAUAAUGGCUGCUGGUGGAGGCAAGAGCCUGUGCUACCAGCUUCCGGCAGUCCUUAGGAAGGGAGUGGCUCUUGUCGUUAGUCCUUUGCUUUCACUUAUUCAAGAUCAGGUUAUGGGUUUGGCUGCCUUAGGCAUCCAAGCAUUCAUGUUGACAUCCACGACAAACAAGGAAGAUGAAAAGUUCAUUUAUAAAGCUCUAGAAAAGGGGGAAGGAGAUCUUAAAAUAUUGUAUGUUACACCUGAAAAGAUAUCAAAAAGCAAGAGAUUUAUGUCGAAGUUGGAAAAGUGUCACCAUGCUGGUCGCCUCUCUCUUAUCUCCAUUGAUGAGGCGCAUUGUUGUAGUCAAUGGGGUCACGAUUUCCGUCCAGACUACCGGAAUCUUGGUAUAUUGAAGACUCAGUUUCCUGAUGUUCCUGUGGUUGCUUUAACUGCCACUGCUACAAAGAAAGUACAAGAUGAUCUAAUGGAUAUGCUACACAUCAAAAGAUGCGUCAAGUUUGUCAGUUCUGUCAACAGGCCUAAUCUCUUUUACAUGGUAAGGGAGAAAUCAUCAGUUGGAAAGUUAGUGAUUGAUGGAAUAGCUGAAUAUAUACAAACAUCAUAUCCCAAUGGUGAAUCUGGGAUAGUAUAUUGCUUCUCUCGCAAAGAGUGUGAACAGGUUGCGAACGAAUUGCGGGAAAGGGGAAUCUUGGCUGAUUACUAUCACGCAGAUAUGGAUGUGAAUGCUCGUGAAAGAGUUCACAUGAGGUACUAUUUUAUGGAUUUGCAAAUUUCUGUCUUGCAGGUGGCAUUUGGAAUGGGAAUUAAUAAGCCAGAUGUCAGGUUCGUUGUUCAUCACAGCUUAAGCAAAUCAAUGGAGACAUAUUAUCAGGAGAGUGGUCGAGCUGGUCGAGAUGGGCUUCCUUCUGAGUGCUUGCUGUACUUUAGACCAGCUGAUGUUCCUAGACAGAGCUCAAUGGUCUUCUAUGAAAAUUCCGGUUUACAAAAUCUUUAUGACAUCGUGCGCUAUUGUUUGUCAAAACGACAAUGUCGCCGGGGUGCUUUCUUCAGACAUUUUGCCGAGCCUGUAAAAGAUUGUAGUGGGAUGUGUGAUAACUGUGCUUCUUGUAAUGAAAUCAAGGAAUUGGACGUAUCUGGCCACGCGAAAGCUAUAGUAUCAUUUUUGCAAAAAGUGCAAGCGAAUGACCAGAGGGCGACGAUGUUGCAGUUAGUUGACAAGUUGAAGAUAAAAUACAAGAACCUGGAUCCCGAGCUAAAAAAGGAGGAAUGGGAACAGCUCGUGGUGCAGCUUCUGGUGGACCGUGUUUUGAAAGAAGAAUUUCAGCAUACUGCAUAUGCCACGAAUGCUUAUGUCACCGUAGGACCUUUGUCCAAGCAAGUAUUACAUGGAAAGAAGACGAUUAAGCUUGAAGUUCUUCAAAUUGGACAGAAGAGUAGUCCAGCCAAUUUGAAAACUCGCAAGCGUGGGCAAUCUAGUGCUUUGGAACAUAAACUUGACGAGCUACGAAAGGAACUUGCUUCACAUGAUGGAGGAGUAUUUCCUCACUCGGUGUUGUCCACCCAGCAAAUUAGCAUGUUGGGUGCGGAAAAGCCAAAGUCAAUUGAAGAGUUGGAGAAGAUUAUUGGAAAGUUGAAGACCGAGAAAUAUGGGUCGAGAAUUCUAGAGGAAAUAAAAAAUAACGAAACCAACAGCGAGAUAGAUGAUGAUUUUCGGGUUGGCGCGCAAGAUGACAGCUCACCUAAAACUUCUAAGAAGUUGAAAACCAGAAAAGCAGCAAUUGUAAUCGAGAGCAGUGGGGAUGAAGCGUGA